AAAGUAGAAGGUCCAACCGUUGGAGAUUCAAAUCAGAGUUGAGUAAUAAAUACGCAAACUUGCAUAUUCCGUGAAGGCGCGAAACAGAACCACCUUCAUCCGUCCAAUUGUCCAAAAAUCAAACACACAAAAUCGCCGGUUUUUUAGGGCAUGCCGCAACUGUAGAGAUUCAGACACAAAUUCAAUGGCUCUCCUUUCAUACUUCGCCUCUAACAGGGACAGGGGUCGAGAGAAUGUUAGGAUCCGGAAGAUGAAUAAUGACGAUGACGACAACAAAGAUGCUAAUAGAACAGAAACCCCUCUUGCUUCCAUCGCACAGGCGUUUGAGGAAAUUGCGGAUUUGAUUAAAAAGGGGAACAAAAGUGAGGGUUCCGUUGAUUUGCGUUUGAAGCCGUUUUGUGAAGCCUGUACUUUGGUGUCUGUGCUUUUUGGUUGUCUCGGCAUUGCUUUCAGAUUCGCAGAGAUGGAAUACACCUCAAAGGUGCGUGAUCUUCUUGAAGCAUCAAAGCAGUUCGCUACAUUAAGCAGCGUGGUUGAGUUUGACUUGAGAAAUAAGACAGUCAAAUCACCUGGAAGCCAUACCCGUAACCUUCGCAGAGUUCGCCAGGGUCUUGAUCUCAUUAAAGAAUUGUUUCAGAAUUUCAUAUCAGACGAGAACCAUUCACUUAAAAAAGCAGCGACACAAGCAUAUCAACAAGUGUGUGCACCAUAUCACACGUGGGCAGUUAGGGCUGCUGUUUCUGCUGGGAUGUGUACACUUCCAACAAGGGAACAACUCUUGCUAAAAAUAAAUGAAACUGAUAAAUCAGCGGAGAAAGAAAUGAGGAGGUACAUAAAGGCGGCGCAUGAAGUUAUAAAAAACAUUGAUAAUCAUUAUAUUUCUAGGAACAUAGAGUUAGAUUGGUGAUGGAUGAUUUAAUUUUGUAUUUAGAUUAUUAUAUGAC